AUGUCUACCAUGGUGGACGCAUUCAUUGAUGACACCCAGAUGCUCGAUUACCAGAGCGACCUCGAUGUUCCUAUGAACGCCCAUUCAUCAGACUCUUGGAUUCAAGAGGAAGAAAUAAUGGAGGAAGACUCUUCACAUUCACACAAGCAAGAUCACCCUUUGUUUUUCUCUCACAAGUCUACAUUUCACCAGGUGUCUGAGCAUGGCAUAUCCCGUCCCGAGAUGCAGUCCAUUGAGGAGGAACCCCACCAUUUGCAUUCUCAAAUGCAGUCGCAAAGUACUUCCGUUGUUGAAACGGUAUCACAAACCUACCACACUACUGCUCACCAUAUGCAUGACGAUGACCAGCUGCCCCACUCGGGGAUGCAAUCUGAAUCAUUUAUAGCUCUCGAAAACGCUGAAUAUUUGCGUCAUGUUCAAACUAGGGGGCAGAAAGCCACUGUUAUGGAUACGGGCGAUGGCAGCAUAGAAGUUGACAUGGAACUGUUCCCCGAAUACGAGAUGUUGGACGAUGACGAGGAACUCGACGUCGAGGUCUAUGAUGCGUCGCUUGUUCAUUCCUCCGCUCCACCCGAAGUUUACUCAUCUCAUCCCUUCGACGAGUCUAAAAAUGAACCCCUUUCUGUUGAGCUCCCCGAAGGGGUCCAAGAGUCUUCCGCAGAAAACGCCUUUGGUGAACAAUCAGAGGUGCCAUCUUUAGAAUCCUUUUCUCCGGAAAAGCAGCAAUCAUUGCAUUUUGCCGAUGGCCAUACGUCUGCCUCGGAGACUGUUAUCAUAAACGAAGCAGAGGUGACCGAGGAUGGAGAUAUGAUCAAAGGUGUUUCAGCUUCCGAAUUAGAUCAAGAACCGGACAACACGAUUCAGGUUUUUUCGGUCACAGUUAAGGAGUUGGAAGGGCAUAACCCGCACUCAGGGGACGUAAAUCCCAAUUUCGAAGAAGAGACAAAUGUUCUCGAGCAUGAGCCAGAGGUUGAACAGGCCGACCUAUCCGCCCAUUCAACGGGGGAUCCUCACGAAAUAUCGGAAGGUGUUUAUAUUGAUCCUCCGCCUGCUGUUGUUCUUCUCGUCUCGACCGAAGUGCAGCACCACUUCAGUUUAUUCAACGAGCCGCAAGAAGAAUCUAGCUCGACCAUUCAAGUUAUACUCCAACACCUUCCUACUCUUUAUUAUGAGCCUCUCCACAGCGUCUUUGAAGCUUUUCGACAGGAAGAACACCUUCAUACUUUAUUUGACAGUACCAAUGCUGAGCUGACGCUGGAUGCUUACGAGUUGCAACUCAUUGUUUCAGAGGAUAAUUUUUAUGCACGCGAGGUAACGUUGCACGAUCUCAAUAUUCUCCAUGACGCCGCUGGAAUCCAUGGUCCCCUACGUCUUCGGCUUACGGCCACCUCUCCAAGGUUUAUCGUGCACUAUCGUCGCCUACAAGAGCGGGUUUCCAACCCUAUUCAAGGAGAGGCUGCCGACGCAUUGACCUUUUCGGUAGUAGAAGAGCACAAUGAAGAAAACGACGAUUCCCAGACCUCUUCCUCACGAAACCACAACGAGCCGCCUGAAGACAACGUCGAUCAACUCGAAGAAGGCGAACAUCAAGAUGAAAAUAACACAAGGAUACCAACACUCAAUGAACAAGACAACCUCGCGCAUUCCGCCUUUUCUAACGAUUUUGCAGACCGUGCCACCCUUUUGCAUUUAUCUGGGCGAUAUUCUGAAUCUGACACCGAAGGUAAUGCAGUAGAGAAAUAUCCGACUGUUGUGAAGAGCCUGGGGGACGACAGCAACGACUCUGAAAGGCAUGAUGACGAGGAAGAUCAUGAGGAAGGCGCGAAAGCUGCCGACCCAUCUGGCGAAGCGGAGGAAUCUGUUGCAGCAGAUGAACCUGGUGAAGCGGAAGAGUCUGGUGAAGCGGAGGAGUCUGGUGAAGCGGAGGAAGAGGAAUAUCCCACUACAUCUUUGUUGCCUGAAGAAAACGCCUUUCAACAUGGUGACGAAGACGAGCUCCAUACAUAUGACAACCAACUUGAAAAUGGUGAAAGCGUUGAGGCCUAUGAAGAGUCAUCUGAACGUAGGGUUGGCAUUCUCUGGACUGAUGGCGAAGGUACUGACGAUGGGGCUUUGCUCGUUGGGACAGACGAUUGGGAUGAUAGCCUUGAUGGCGAAGGUGAACUUGACACGGCAUGGGAUAUAGAACAAGAACAAGACUUGGCUUCCAAUGGAAGUUCAAACACACUUUCAAGCAAAGCAUCCAAGCGAGGCUUUGAGGAGGUGGAUCCAGACUUUGGUGAUGACGUUGAAGAUGUAUCACCCCCGAUAUCUCCAGAUCCAAAACGGCUACGCAUUCAGUGA